UGAUAGAAUUUUAUAGUUUCUCUGAUUACCUUUCAGGUAUUACCUUUCAGGGUAAAUUCUAAGACAAAAUUCUUCCUGUGUAAUAGUUCGCUAAAGGCGCCGCAAUUCCUAGUUACGAGUCUGAGGACGAUUAUGCCAAACGCGUUCGCCGCUCCGGAAGACCUCGUGGGAAGUCCCCCGAGCGAUGAUAGCCGGGGCCGAUUACUCGGUGAAGAACCCGUCGCCACCACCACCACCACCUUCGACCAUAUGCGUUCGUUAUUACGCGACCAUCGCGUAGGCAUCGGAGUCGUGUCACGCCGUUCGCCAUAACGUAAACAACUCGUGCUUGUGCACGCACGGCUGUUCUGUCUCUUCUCAGCUGGUAUACACUCGUCCCUAAACGCGGGACAUACCUUCUACAUCUACAAGAAGAAGAAGAAGAAGCCUGAUUAGUGGUUCGACAGCAAAUUACUGUAACAAGUCGUCCAACAACGUUGGAUAAUAACAAUUCGUGAUAACCAUUCGUGACACAGAAAAUUGUGGAAUCCUCUAUUAGUGACGAUUCACCAGUUCAGAUGACGAUCUCUCGCGUGGAUGAUCAACCAGAGUCAAAGAGAAAGGAACGCAAGAAUAAAAGCGGUUCUAUGAGAUAUUCCUCCGAAGACGAUGAUGAUAUCAAGCGAUUCCACGGCGACGGACUCGUCGUCAGGAUGCACUCGAAUCAUCGCGCCCUGGAAAUCAUGGGAGACGGUUGUCGGAUCGUCCUGACGAAGAAUUCCGGCAAAGUGCACAUCUUCGGCGAUGGUUGCAGCUUACGGGUGAAUCAUAACGUGGGCGAUAUUGAAUAUAUUGGUGACGGUGGUCGAGUCCUCCUUGGAUCGGACUCCUCUAAAGGGAAGGUGAAGUUCGUGGGCGACGGUGGGAAAGUAAUUCUGGAUUCCAAUAUGAGAUCAGCAGGAUCGAGAGGACGAAAUAGAGAGGUCGAUUGCGUGGAAAGAAUUUCGUACUCGUGUAAGGAAAUUGUCAGAGAGGUAUCCUUGGGAUAUGAAGAGACUGAUAGAACCUCGCAUCGGGAUCGGGAGGAACUGGACAAUAUCAUGAACGAUAUGAAGGAGAAGAGUCAAGGGAAGUACGGGAAGCGUAACGAGGAAACACGGAAAUCUACGCGGCAUCCGACCGUUGCGAAGAUCAUCACGAAGAUCCAAAGUGACGGUCAAUGCGUGAGGAAACGCUUCGACGAGUCUUCGUUGAUCGUUAAUACCCACAAUGACGAGCCUUCCGUAACGAAGAACCUGUCGAGAACUUCGGUCACAAAUGUUAAGAUCAAGUGACGUAAUCGUCGGGACUUUUAGGAGCCGUUUUCUUAGGAUAUUGCCUGGAUAAUUCCUCGAAAAGAUUCAACAAUUGCAAGCGCAAUCAAAAUUUGCACAAUUGUUCCUUCUUCUUUUCAAAUAUCGAACUGUUAGUGAUUAUAUUAAUUAAUUUUGUUGUUAUAAAGCUUUAAGCUCUCUUAUAUGUAUGUACAUAAAAUGCGAUCGCAAUUAGUCGCGCGAAAUUGAUUGACAAUUUUAUAAAUUAUCGAUAGUUAAUUUAAUUUUAUUAUUAAUUUUGCGAAUACUGCACGAAAAAAUUGAUUGAACUUGAACAUAUAAAAAU